CUUAUACAAAAACCUUUCUAUAACGUUUCUUUAUCCACAGUACUUCAUUUUUAUUAACUGAUUACAUUUAUUGCGUUAACUCAUGAAUUUAAGGAAUAAUUUUUAAUGAUAUCAACGUAAAAAUAAUUUCAUCAACAAUUUAUUAAUCAAUAUAUACUAAAAAUUGACUGAUUUUACAAUGAAAUUUCAACAAAGUAUAAUUUACCUUUUAUUCCUCAUCGCUACCCAAGGAUUAGCACAAAAAGAACAGCAGGAAGACCCAUGUCAAACUAAGGCUCGAGUGGUUGGGGACACUGAAUAUUGUGAUCGUUACUGGGAAUGCAUUAAUGGACGUCCAGAACUAUUCGAUUGUCCAAAUGGGUUAGUAUUUGCAGGAAAGCAUCGUGGUGUCACAGAGGGUUGUGAUUAUCCAUGGAGAGCAAAUUAUUGUGAUGGAAAAAGACAAGCGAAUCCACCAAUAGGUGCUGAUCAUUGCGAUUGGCUUUAUGGAAUUUUUGGACAUGAAACAUCUUGUACAAGAUAUUGGACUUGUUGGAAUGGAACAGCUACUGAACAGCUCUGUAUAGGUGGAUUAUUAUACAAUGAAAGAUCUCGAUCAUGUGAUUGGCCUGAAAAUGUCGAUGGCUGUCAAAAGCACCCUCUCUGUAAUGAUGACGCAAAUGGUAACGUUCCACUUGGGAAAUCUUGUAAUCGAUACUGGCAAUGCCAAGGUGGUUAUCCUCGUCUUCAAAGAUGCCCCGCAAUGCUUGUGUUUGAUAGAAGGUCUUUAAGAUGUGUAGUUCCACCAACAGAAGACUGUGAUGUACCGACGACACCACCAACUUCAGAUAGUAAUAUAUCCGAUGAUCGCAAUGAACAAGAAACUGAAGAAGAAAAUCUUCCUCAAGGCGUGGGUCCUUUACCACCUGGAGCUAUCAUACUAUCCAAACAUGAUGAACAGCGAUCAAGAAACUAAAUUAUACUUGAUCAGACAGUAAAUUAGUUUAUGCUACAUGUAUACAAGAGAUCGGAUAACUUGAUAAUCGUUUUGUCGUAACAUGAACUUGGAAUUUUAUGAGGGUGGUAGAUGUUUCUAUGGGCCGUAAGCAACAUUUCCAUCGGUUUUCAUAGAAUCUAAUAUAAAAGUGAGUGUCAUAA